AUGGAUUGGUUUACAAGGUUGAGGACGAUACGCUUUCAAAAUUGCCUUGUGAAUCUCCCCUACCGAGCUGAGCGGCAUGUCGCUCUCGGCAAGAAGACUUGGUCUGGGAGCCUGUUGUUGGCCCGAUACCUCGACGAGCACGUGAGCGGUGGAACUUUCAGCGUCUCAGGGAAGCAGGUUCUUGAGCUGGGAUGCGGGACUGGGCUGGUUGGUAUGACAGCGCUUGAGCUUGGAGCCGCUUCCUGCACCUUCACGGACUGCAGCAUUCCUUCAUUGACUGAUCUGAGAAGAUGCAUCUGCGGCUUGAAGGACAUCGGCUCGUGGGUGGAUGACGAAAGCUGCUGGGAAUCAAAGGAGCAGAGGCUGGCGAUCUGCAGACAUGUUUGGGAGUCGGAUCUGCCUGAUAACGUUGGCAAGGAUCUCCGACAUUGGUCGAACGGAGACAUCGCAUCUGCAACGCACUGCCCUCCGUCAGUGAACAUGGGAGGAAGAAUUCCGGUCUUCUCUUACGCAUCUGCAUCCACAGCGCCCUUGGAGUUGACGAUUCCUUCGAAGCAGUCGUUGCAAGUGACGUACUUUACUUCGUAA